AUGGACCUCGAGUUUCAGCAGCGCUGCAAAGCCUACCGUUUCGUAGCCUAUUCGGCGGUCGCAUUCUCGGUCGUGGCGAUUCUUGGUGCUGCCACCACACUGCCAAUGGUGUACAACUACGUGCACCAUGUGCAACGCACUAUGCACUCGGAGCUUAACUACUGCCGUACUUCUGCACGUGACAUCUGGUCCGAAGUUAGCACUAUGAAGGCUCCCUCCAAUCGUACCGCCCGUCAGGCAUACGGCAACGAUUGCACUCGCUGCUGCUCCGGUGGAGCUGCUGGACCUGCCGGCCAGCCAGGAAACGCAGGACGACCAGGAAACCCUGGAGCACCCGGAGCCCCAGGAAACCCAGGAAGACCACCAACACAGCCAUGCCCACAGUAUACUCCUCCUCCAUGCAGGCCCUGCCCAGCUGGGCCACCUGGACCACCAGGAGCCCCAGGACAGCCUGGUGAUGCUGGACGUGACGGAAACCCAGGAGGGCCCGGAGCUCCAGGAGGUCCAGGCACACCCGGACCCAAGGGACCACCAGGACCCAGCGGAAACCCCGGAAGCCCAGGAGCUCCAGGUCAGCCUGGAAACCCCGCAACCUCUGUCCCUGCCACUCCCGGAGCCCCAGGACCAGCUGGCCCUCCUGGACCACGUGGUCCACCCGGACCCAAUGGACAACCUGGAAACGCAGGAGCACCAGGACAGCCUGGACCCAAGGGACCUCCUGGACCCCCUGGACAGCCUGGACCAAAUGGAAACCCUGGAACUCCAGGAGACAGAGGAACACCAGGAACACCUGGAGAACGCGGAAUCUGUCCCAAAUACUGUGCCCUCGAUGGAGGUGUCUUCUUCGAGGAUGGAACUCGCCGUUAA